AUGUUCGCGGUCCUCCGCAAGCACGCGAUCCUCGUCGCGGUCGUCAUGCUCUUCGCGAGCGGCGCGACCGCGUCCGACGCCUCCCCGAAGGUCACGGACAAGGUCUUCUUCGACGUCAGCAUCGGCGGCAUCCCCGCGGGUCGCAUCACGAUGGGCCUGUACGGCGACGUCGUCCCGAAGACCGCGGAGAACUUCCGCGCGCUCGCGACCGGGGAGAAGGGCACUGGGAAGCGAGGCAAGCCUUUGCAUUACAAAGGCAGCACCUUCCACCGCGUCAUCCCGAACUUCAUGAUCCAAGGCGGCGACUUCACCGACGGCAACGGACGCGGCGGCGAGUCCAUCUACGGCGCCAAAUUCGCGGAUGAAAACUUCAGCCUCCAACACGCCGGCCCCGGGGAUCUCUCCAUGGCGAACAGCGGCCCUAACACGAACGGGAGCCAGUUUUUCAUCUGCACGAUCAAGACGUCGUGGCUCGACGGCCGGCACGUCGUGUUCGGGAAGGUCCUCGAGGGCAUGGACGUCGUGUACAAGAUCGAGGCGGUGGGCAGCAGCAGCGGGACGCCGUCGAAAGAGGUCACGAUCACGGACUCGGGGCAGCUUCCCGCGUGA